AUGUCAACAAAUAGAAAGAUGGGAGAUUACUGUGUACAAUUUUCUGAAACAAACAAAUUAAAAUCAGUUGGCUUUAUAACUAAACUUUGUCAGGAUAUGUUGGAAGCCUCAGAAGUUCAACCACUAAUCCUAGAAAUUGAUUGCGUUUUGUAG